GCUUCUGCGGUUAAAAUAAUGGAUAAAAAUAAGCCACAUUACGCCGUAAUAGCCGGACUGUGUGCCUCGUCGGCCAGUGUGUUCGGUAAAUUAACAUCCAACAGCGAGCUUGUUGCGCAAAACAUUGGCCUACCCGGAUGGCACCUACUGGCACAGGUUCUGUGUGUGGCCGUCAUGAUCCUGCUCAACGCUUGCGUGUGGCGGUUUUUCGUUAAAGCCCUCCACACGGGGUCCGGUUCAUCGCUGGUGGCUUCACUGGCAAGCGCAGCAACAAACUAUGUUGCCUCGGCAAUUUUGGGAUGGCUUAUCUUCGAUGAACAAACAACCAUCGUUUGGUGGAUCGGCACCUCGCUCGUGCUCGCUGGAUUGCUUCUACUCAUCACCGGAACUGACCAGGAGGAUCAGCAACGAAAGACGUCGGAUGAGAAAGUGGAAUAAAAUCGUUUCGUUUUAUUUCGCUUAUCACACUUGAAUGUUUCGCUUGCGCGUUGUUAAUCUGUAAAAAUUGCUCUUUCAAAUCGUUGUGCGGACUGCCGUUUUAAUUCGCUGCACCGUAUUGAGCAUCGGCGUGACGAUCACGUAGAGCGCAAUGAGAGCGAUCGCGAUCACCAACAUUAGGCGAACGUUGGCGUCAUUAUCCUCUUGGAACCACACCGAAUACACUCCCAAACUGAUGGUGACCAUACCGAGUAGGUAAGCGACGGACCCCGCAAUUCCGUGCAUCAAUUUACUGUAGAUCGGUCGCACGACCGAUCGAAGCUGGAAGGCGUACUUCGUCGUUACACCACCCAAGAUCGUUACCAGCGUAACACAGACCGUCACCAGACCGAAGAUGCCGUGGAGCGUUUUAAAGUGGGACUUGCCGAGGCGAAUUUUGUUUAGAAAUAUACAAACGGCGGCGAUGGUGAUCAGAA